AUGGGGUUUUUUGACCACCUACAGAAAGGAGGGGCCGGAGCCUUCUCUCUGCAGCCCAAGAAGGCGCAAAUUCGCAAAGUUGUGCAGACUCGACCGGCUGCCCCUACCCGAUCCGCGACGCAAACCCCGGAGACUCGAUCGCCCCGAGUCCAGCCCUCGGCCGAACGCAAUCAGAAAGCGCAGUCGUUGAAAUCCCGAUCGGUCUCGAGUGAUUUGGAGGCCAGCUCAGCGAAACGACUGAGCACACCUUCACGUGUUCGCAAACGCCCAACCCCCGAGCAGCGUCUUUCGAGCGACGAUGAUGCAAGCGACAGCGAUGCUUCUUUUGAAGUACACAAACGUGCCAGGAUGAGCGCCAGUGCCGAACCAGACCCGGAACGACGGCUUCGUUCAGUAAAGGCAUUCUCAGAAGAAGGAUCUCGACCAUUUAAAAUGAUCCAUGCCUCCGAAAUCACGUCGGGCCAGAAGGCCGGCAAAUUUAAACCGGCAUUCGGCGCAGAGGGAAAGCACAAGCAAAUAUAUUUGCAAUACCCUAGUGCUUCGCAGAAAGAAAGAUACGACUCUGUUGUCCCGCGCGAGAACGACGAAUUCCGACCCAUCGAUGACAUUGUGCAAGUCAUUGAGACAGUCUCCGACAAUUAUAUUCCCAGCGAAGCAGCAGAUGAGUUCAAUGACGAGACGACUGGAAUCAAGCGUCGGCUACGUCGGGCUUUGGCUGUCACAUCUGAGACUCAGUUCUUGGAUGCGGUGAAAGAUUACAACGAGGCUAUCCAGCGUCUGACAAAGGACGGCAGUCUCGCCAAGCACUUGGAUAAUACACAACGCAUCAGUCUUCCAUGGGUGGAGCGGAUUCUCACUCAAAUUUAUUCCCGGACGGUUUCCCCCCGCGUUGAGUCUCUGCGGCAAUACGAGAAUGGCACAGACAAUGUCUACGGGGAGCUUCUUCCCCGCUUUAUCAGCACCAUUUUCAAGGAAACUAAGCUCAAAUCAGGCCAGGUAUUUGUCGACCUUGGCUCUGGCGUGGGUAAUGUAGUCCUCCAGGCUGCCCUCGAAAUUGGCUGUGAGAGUUGGGGUUGCGAAAUGAUGUCGAAUGCCUGCGAUUUGGCGGAUUUGCAACAAUCCGAGUUCAAAGCGCGAUGCCGACUUUGGGGUAUUGUGCCAGGCAAGACUCACCUUGUUCGAGGCGACUUCCUUGAGCAAGAAAGCAUCAUCAGCGUCUUGAAGCGCGCGGACGUCGUGCUCAUCAACAACCAAGCAUUCACACCUCAGCUCAAUAACGAGCUGAUCAACCACUUCUUGGACAUGAAAGAGGGAUGUAAGAUUGUUUCCCUCAAAUCUUUUGUUCCGGCCGGUCACAAGAUUCAGUCUCGCAACCUCAACUCCCCCAUCAACCUUCUGCAGGUCCAGCAAAAGAAUUAUUGGUCCAAUAAUGUCAGCUGGACCGACGUCGGCGGUACAUACUUCAUUGCCACAAAGGAAAGCUCUCGAUUGAAAGCCUUCAUUGAUUCCACGCCAUAA